CCCCGUUCCCCGUUCCCGUCCCGGCCAUGUACGCGGCGGGCCCCGCGGCGGGCGGGCGGCGGCGGCGCGGGGCGGCGGCGCUGCCGAAGCAGCCGGAGCGCAGCCUGGCGUCGGCGCUGCCGGGCGCUCUGGCCAUCACCGCGCUCUGCACCGCGCUGGCCGAGCCCGCCUGGCUGCGCAUCCACGGCGGCACCUGCGCGCGCCAGGAGCUGGGCGUGGCCGACGUGCUGGGCUUCGUGGACCCCGAGCUGCUGCGAGAUUUCUGCAUGAACCCACAGACUGUGCUGCUGCUCAGGGUCAUUGCUGCUUUUUGCUUCCUGGGCAUCCUGUGCAGCCUCGGCGCUUUCCUGCUCGACGUCUUCGGCCCCAAGCACCCGGCGCUGAAAAUCACGCGGCGCUACGCCUUCGCCCACAUCCUCACAGUGCUGCAGUGCGCCACGGUGAUCGGGUUCUGCUACUGGGCCUCGGAGCUGCUCCUGGCGCAGCAGCAGCAGCACAAGAAGUACCACGGCUCGCAGGUGUUCGUCACCUUCGCCGUCAGCUUCUACCUGGUGGCGGGGGCGGGCGGCGCCUCCAUCCUGGCCACGGCGGCCAACCUGCUGCGGCACUACCCCAGCGAGGAGGAGGAGCAGGCGCUGGAGCUGCUCUCCGAGAUGGAGGAGGCCGAGCCCUACGGCCCCGACUACGAGGUGGUCAAUCAGUUCCAGCCGCCGCCCGCCUACACGCCCUGACCCGGCCGGAGCGCGGGGCUGGGGCGGCCGGAGAGCGGGGCUGGAACGGACAGAGACUGGGCCUGGUGGGACUGGACAGCAGGGCUGGAACGGACAGAGACUGGGCCUGGUGGGACUGGACAGCAGGGCUGGAACGGACAGAGACUGGGCCUGGCACAGCCAGAGACUGGGCCUGGUACAGCCAGAGACUGGGCCUGGUACAGCCAGAGACUGGGCCUGGCACGGCCAGAGACUGGGCCUGGUGUGGCUGGAGAGUGGGCCUGGCACGGCCAGAGACUGGGCCUGGCACAGCCAGAGACUGGGCCUGGCACGGCCAGAGACUGGGCCUGGUACAGCCAGAGACUGGGCCUGGUACAGCCAGAGACUGGGCCUGGUGUGGCCGGAGACUGGGCCUGGUGUGGCCGGAGAGUGGGCCUGGUGUGGCUGGAGAGUGGGCUUGGCAUGGCUGGACACCAGGCCUGGUGUGGCCAGAGACUGGGCUUGGCAUGGCCGGAGCCUGACCCCAGCAUGGCUGGACACCAGGCCUGGCACAGCCACAGCCUGACCCCAGCACAGCCACAUGCUGGGCCUGGCACAGCCACAGCCUGACCCCAGCACGGCCGGACACCGGGCCUGGUGUGGCCAGAGCCUGACCCCAGCGUGGCCAGAGACUGGGCUUGGCAAGGCUGGACACCAGGCCUGGAACAGCCAGAGCCUGACCCCAGCACGGCUGGACACUGGGCCUGGUGUGGCCGGAGCCUGACCCCAGCACAGCCGGACACCAGGCCUGGAACGGCCAGAGACUGGGCCUGGCAUGGCCAGAGAGAAGGCCUGGUACAGCUGGACACCAGGCCUGGCAUGGCCACAGCCUGACCCUGGCACUGCUGGACACCAGGCCUGGACAGCUGGAGCUUGACCCCAGCACGGCCGGACACUGGGCCUGGCACUGCAGGACACUGGGCCUGGCACUGCAGGACACUGGACCUGGCACGGCCAGACCCGCUGGGAGGGGCUGAUCCCAGCAGCUCUUCCAGCAAAUGGAUCCCAGAAGCUCUUCCAGGGAAGGAUUGGUGUGGAUGGAUCCCAGGAGCUCUUCCAGCAAAGAUUUCUCCAGGUGGAUCCAGGAGCUCUUCCAGAGAAGGAUUUGUUGGGGUUGAUCCUGGGAACUCUUCCAGCAAAUGGAUCCCAGGAGCUCUUUUACCAAAUGGAUUUCUCUGGGUGGAUCCCAGGAGCUCUUCCAGGGAAGAAUUUUAUUUCUCUGGAUGGAUCCAGAAGCUCUUCCAGUGCAGGAUUUGUUGCAGUUGAUCCUGGGAACUCUUCCAGCAAAGAUUUCUCCAGAUGGAUCCUACAAGCUCUUCCAGUGAGGGAUUGGUCUGGAUGGAUCCCACCAACUCUUCCAGCAAAGGGAUCCCAGGAGAAUUCCCUGGGAAGGAUUUCUC